AUGAAUCUAGUUAAUCGAGCCGCCGUUCUUUUACCGAUAACUUCUCGCUACAGUAGUCUCGGAAGCUUCCAGUCAUCUGGAUUUGCUUUUACAAGAGCAUUAUCAAAUCAAAAACCAGCUAUAUCUUCAGCUCCAUCAACAAGUACACUUUUGAAAGUCGAUUGGCUCCUUCAAAAAAUUACUCCUUUAGUUCUCAAAUCAAAUGUACGAGAUUUCAUUGAUAUUUGCAAGGAAGACGUUCAAUUCGAUGACCGCAUAUUUUCGAAAAAGUUAAAUGGAAGGACCCAAUUGAUGUCUCAUAUUGCAAAAGUUCGAAUGUAUUAUCGUUACUUGUCUCCUUUUAACAAAGUUGAAUGGAUCGGCUCCUGUGUAUAUGAAAAUGAAGAUGUCAUUGUUGUCCUCUGGCGUCUCACAACUCUCGAUUCCAGUUUCAUGACCUACUUCCCAUCUUUUAUUACGAAAAAAGAGAAUAAAAUGAUAGUGAAGGAAGGAGCGUUGGAUGUACGAAUUGAUCAGAGCGGACAUGUACUACAAAUUGUCAAUCGAGCGAUCACAGCAUCCGAUCGAGAAGGAGCAAAGUCCCUUGCAAAACUGAAGGAACAGCAGUAUCAAGAGGAAGUUCGAAACGAGGAAAAAGAAAUGCGAAAAGAGUUUGAUAGGCAGUAUCACAGCUAA